ACACACGCACGCACACACAAACGCCGGUUUUGUGAACUCACUUGACGAAAAGAAAGCGAGAAGAAAAAAGUUGCCAAAUCAAAAUGGUCACCGAGCCGAAGUCCGUUGAGCCCAAGGGCUGCACCAAGGAGGCGAAGUGCCAGUCAUCAGACUGCGAGACUUCCCAGCAGGAGCCGGUCUCGCAAGUAAGCAGCCCGAAGGGCGACCGUGUGGGGAUCUUCAAUGCCGAGAACUUCUUGUCGCGUGCUCAGAUGAGCACCAACAACCCAUCGCCGCAAGCAAGCUUGCGUGUCGGCAUGACUGGGGGGCAGCUGUCCCAACGCAUGAGCAACAUCUCGCUGUCCUCCCCCACGGACUCCGUGGGCCACAUGGAUCGCGGCAGCAGCUCCAGUCUCGCUAGCAGUGCCACCGUUGGCACCAACAUCAUCACCAGCGGCAUUUCCAAGGAGUGCGCCAAUUACCCCGUCGGCAGUCAGUCGGCCCGUCCAUACGUCCAACUGCCGGGCAUACACAUUUCCAACCAUCCCCAGUACGGGCCAGGGAAUAUGCAGGAAAUAGACGCUGGCAAAAUGGCGCACAACGGCAAGGCACUCACAGGGCGCUACAAUGCCACGCCCACCUAUGGCUUCGACAACGAGCAGAACUACUGCCUGUUGCCGUCUCCAAUGCCCCCUCCACCAUACGCCUUGGCACGCGUGAGCAGCACACGCAACUUCGAGCUCGAGAACCACACACCGCCGGCAUGUCCCGGCUCUGGACCCAUUGCCAUGACGAACGGCACCAUCCAGUUGCGCCUCCGCGACCGACCCCUAAUGUUAAUACCUUUCUUUGCAUGGGGCAGCAUUGACAUGACUCUGGACAAGGCGGUGCGCGUGCUCAAUCAGCGCAGCAUGGUGGCAGUUGCUCUAUCACGCAACUGCAGCAACUCGGCUUUGAUCCACCCCAAUGGACGCAUCUUGCAGAGCGGCGCUAAAGUCGAAAUAGUCACCUACGACGGCAUGAAGGGCAAUAACUUUGUUCGCUAUGCCAAGAUGUGGUACAAGGGUGUGAGCUUCACCAGCGAGGCGUGCGCUCUCAUCUACCUGGUGGACACAGCCGGGACGCGCACCACAACCGACACUUUCACCGAUCUGACCAAGGACUACACCCUGGCAGUGUUCUAUGACGACUCGCGCCAUGGUCCCUCUUAUAUGGCUGAAGCCCAUGACGUGACUGCCAAUUCAGCUUACACCUGUACCGAGGAUGGCACUGAGAUCUAUGACAUAAACGGAUUUCGCAUCACCCAGGCAGCCGAUGGCCUGGUGAAGGUCACUCGUGUGGACAACAAGUGCUUGAUUCGCACCAGUCCCGGCAAUGGAUCGGCCACUUUGACCACACCUGGCAUCCAUUGCACUGCCUCUCUGGGCAAGACCUCGCAUCUGUUUGUUCGUCGCAAUGAGAAGCGCAUGCACUUCGAUGGAUCCUGUUUCAUUGUACGCAACGCCGGACACUCCGCCGGCUUCAAUGAGAACAACCUGCUCAUUGUCUACUGAGCGGCGUUCGUAGCCCAUCUCACACGCACACAC